AUGUACGCAUUGACAACAGAAGAAUAUGAAAAACAUAGAGGAACACUAUUUCGACAUUUUGCUGGACCUUCCGAUGAACCAAGUACGAGCACAAGUCAAGAAAACGCGUUAAAAACAAGAAAAUUGUUCAUCGACAGUUAUUUCAAACGGUUUAUUCGAUCUGUUGGUGAAACAUCGGAUAAUUUCGAUCCCUCGCGAGUGAAAUUCGAUGAUUUGGGUAUUCCACAAGAUCUUGGAAAACAGAAUUUUGUGAGAAUUCAAAAAGAUAGUCAAGGAAUUCCAGCUCAUUUAGAUCACGUAAGAAUUUAAUUUAUUUUUUGUCAAUAGAAGAAAAAAACAUUUUGCAUCAUUUCAGAUACCUCCCUGGCUAAUAAGACACUUCGAAUAUGCAGUCCGUCUCUCAAUGGACUUUUCAAACAAUCUGAAAUUCAAAAAAAUGAAAGAGUUACGCAAACUCCAAUCAGAAUUACCAAUCGCCGAAAGAUCUGAAGAAAUCGUAGAACUUCUGAAGAACAAUCAAGUUCUAAUCGUUGCCGGCGACACUGGUUGCGGUAAAUCAACACAAGUUCCACAAUAUCUCAUAAAAGCCGGGUAUACCGGGAUUGCUUGCACUCAACCGAGGAGAAUUGCGUGUACAGCCCUGGCGAAGCGUGUUGCCUAUGAGACUUUGAAUCAAUAUGGAAGUGAGGUCGCUUUUCAGAUCAGGUAGGAAGGAUUAUACCACGCGCUCUACACGCAACGCAGACCGCGUCGCGCCACAACACACACAAAAAAAGGGAGGGAAUUUGAAUCGUUCCCCUAUUUUUGAAAUAAACACGCAACGCAGACCGCGUCGCGCCACAACAAAAAGGGAGGGAAUUUGAAUCGUUCCCCUAUUUGUGUGUGUUGUGGCGCGGCGCGGUCUGCGUUGCGUGUGGAGCGCGUGGUACCGAUGAGAUUUUCGAUAAUAGAGAAUGGGUUUUGUAGAUUUGAGACAACAAAAUCGAAAAGAACAAAACUCCUCUUCCUCACUGAAGGACUUCUUCUUCGACAAAUGGAAAAUGAUUCACUCCUCGAACAAUACAACGUCAUAAUCCUUGACGAAGUUCAUGAGAGACAUCUAACAUCAGAUCUUUUGAUUGGUCUACUUCGGGACCUAUGUUCAAAGCGGGAGGAUCUCAAGCUGAUUCUGAUGUCAGCAACAAUUAAUCUUGAAUUAUUCAAAGGAUAUUUUAAAGAUGCUCCGGUUAUGCAAGUUCCUGGAAGGUUAUAUCCAAUUGAAUUAAAAUGGCAUCCGAUUAAGCAAUUUAUUGAUGCAAGUGAGAAGAAAAAUCAUCAUAAAAUUGAUCCUGAACCAUAUCAAAGAAUUCUGGAAUUAAUCGAUAAACAAUUUCCAUCAACACAAAGAGGAGAUGCGUUGAUUUUUCUGAAUGGCGUUGCUGAAAUUUCAACUGUGGCAGAUGCAUUGAAAAACUAUGCAGAAUUAACGAAAGGCUGGAUUAUUUUGAUGUUGCACAGCACACUUUCAGUUGAAGAACAAGAUAAAGUCUUCGAUGUCGCGCCAAAUGGUGUGAGGAAGUGUAUUCUAUCAACAAAUGUUGCUGAAACAUCGGUAACCAUUGAUGGAAUUCGAUUUGUGAUUGAUAGUGGUAAAGUGAAUCUAAUCAAACAUGAACCGGGGACAGGGACUCAGAAAUUGACGGAAUUUUGGGUGAGUAAAGCAUCGGCGAAUCAACGGAAAGGAAGGGCUGGAAGAACUGGACCUGGGAUAUGUUAUCGAUUGUAUUCUCAAGAACAAUAUGAGAAGAUGGAUGAUUUUACGCUUUCUGAAAUAAAUCGCGUUUCGUUACAGGAAAUGUCACUGAAAAUGAUUAGUUUGAAUCUAGGGUGUAAGUUAACAAGGAAGGUGCAUCGAAAAUCUCAUCGAACACGCAACGCAGACCGCGUCGCGCCACAACACACAAAAAAGGAGGGAAUUUGAAUCGUUCCCUUAUUUGUGUGUGUUUUGGUGCGACGCGGUUUGCGUUGCGUGUUUAUUUCGGUGGAGCGCGUGGUUUUUCGAUAAUAUACCAAAUCGACCAUGCUGAUCACGAUUCCGAAGUCAAAAAUUGCCACAAAUGCCUGUGAGCACUUUUCUGCAGCCUGCAAAGUUAAGGGCUGAUUCACGAUCGAAAAAAAAUGUUAAAAAUGUUUUUUUUUAACAUUGAAAGAUCAAUUCACGAAAAGUCAAAAAAUGUCGAAAAAACAUUGUAGGUCAAAAUUAGUUUUUCAGCCAAAAAUGAUGACAAAUCAAUAUUUUUCAAGCUUCUGGAGUAAUUUCUGAUGAAAAUUGACCACUUUUCAGAAGGUUUUUGCUGAUUUUUCGUAAAAUAAACAAUUUUUAAAUUUUGAUGAAUUUCGAAAAAGCAAAAUAAGGUUCUCGAAGCUUAUUUUCAUCAGAAAUUACUCCAGAAGCUUAAAAAAUAUCGAUUUGUCAUCAUUUUUGACUGAAAAACCUUGAAAAACUAAUUUUGACCUACAAUGUUUUUUUUGACAUUUUUUGACUUUUCGUGAAUUGAUCUUUCAAUGUUAAUAAAACAUUUUUGCACAUUUUUUCGUUCGUGAAUCAGCCCUUUAAAAUUGAGUUUUGGUUUUCGUCCAUUUUCAUCAUUUUCCCGUUUAAAAAAUCAAUUUUUAUAACUUGAAUAAGGUUGUUCACCACAUUCGAAAACCUAUUAGCUUUUUAUGCAGUGUCCAAAGUAAAAAAUAUAGCAAAAAAUGCGAGAAUAUAUCGUACAAAGCUCGCCUUAUAUUAGGAAUAUAUACCAGAGAAAUAGUGUGUGUAUUCGAGAGACGCAGACAGUUAGACUUUGGACGAUAUAUUUUCGCAUUUUUUGUUAUAUUUUUUACUUUGGACACUGCAUUAGUGAACGAAAAUCAUUUUUUGAAAAAUUAAAAAGCUGAUAGGUUUUCGAAUAUGGUGAACAACCUUAUUCAAGUUAUAAAUAUUGAUUUUUCACCCGGAACGAAACCCCAAACUUAAUUUUAACUUUCCAAAGCUCCAGAAAAGUGCUCACAGGAAUUUGUGACAAUUUUUGACUUCGGUUUCGUGAUCAGCAUGUUCAAUUUGGUAUAUUUCGAUAUGUUUCAUCAAAAUUUCCUUUUCAGUGGACCCUCGAACCUUUCCAUUCAUCGAAAAACCCGCGGAAAAUGUGUUGAAUGAAGGAUUAGAAAUGUUAAAAUUCCAAGGAAUUCUUCGAACUGAUCGAGAAAAUCUGACGCUGACAGCAUUAGGUGUUACGAUUUCCAAACUGCCAGUAGAUGUUCCAAUAGCUAAGAUGCUGGUUUAUGGUUGUGUAGUUGAUCAAUUGGAAGUUAUGCUAACUGUCGCCGCUGGUUUGUCAGUUCAAUCGCCGUUUACAAAUCGAUCGUAUCGAGAGCUUGAAAUUGUUGAGAAACGGGCGAAUUUAACGAGUCCUAUGGGCGAUCCUUUCACAUUGAUUGCGAUUUUUCGAGAAUGGGUUCUCCAGAAAACAUUUGAAGGAUCUGCGAGGAAAUGGGCGAUGGAAAAUGGAAUUGAUGAACAUCGACUUUAUGAGAUCAGCAAACUUCGAGCACAAUAUAGACAAGUUUUGGAGGAUGCUGGAUUAGUUGAGAAGGCUUUUGAUAUUGGAGCAGAUGAUUCUAGACAAAGAAGAAUUGAUCAAGGAGAGCGACGGAAAUUAUUUGAUUUGAAAAAAGCGCAAAGAAACAAUGAUAAAUCCAGAAAAAUAUUGAAUGCUAACAAGCAUUUCGAUACAAUUUUAAUGGAAAAAGAAGAAGAGGAUCUAGAAUCUGAAAAAGAUCCGCUAAAAGCUGAUGUUAAAACCGUCGAAUUCCUCUUAAGUCACAAAGAGAAAGAUGUUGAUUCGAUUCGAAGUUCACAUAAAUUGACAAGAAAAACAUCGGAAAUUAUUCGAGUUAUAAUUGCGGUUGGAUUAUAUCCGAAUUUUAGUGUUUUGGACCAGAUAAACAAGUAUGGAUAUGGUCAAGAAAUGUUUGUUCAUACUAGAUUGAAGCCGUUUAGUUUACUUCAUCCGAAUAGUUCGAUUGCACAAUAUCAUCCAGAAACUAUUGAUCCAAGACAGGGUUCUGAGGGAUUUUCAAAUCUACAUCAAGUUCUGUUUUAUGGAUUGUUGUUGGAGACUACGAAACCGUAUGUUUGUAAUGUUAUGCCAACUCCAGCGAUUUAUACUUUGUUAGUGGCGAGAAAGGUAAGGAAAAAAAUAAAAACAUUUUUUUUUUCAAAAAAUUUUGAUUGGGAAUGUCAAAAAUAGGAAAAAAUAUAGUUUUUUUACAUUUGAAUCGAAAUUUUUUGUCAAAAAAAAUAAAAAAAUUUUUUGUCAAAAAAAAAAAAAUAAAAACAUUUUUUUUACAAAAAAUUUCGAGAAAAUGUCAAAAAAUAGGAAAAAACAUAGUUUUUUUUACAUUUGAAUCGAAAUUUUUUGUCAAAAAAAAAAAAAAUAAAAACAUUUUUUUUACAAAAAAUUUCGAGAAAAUGUCAAAAAAUAGGAAAAAACAUAGUAUAGCCCUCCAGCUACUCAAAAGUAGCUGCUUGAGUAGCUCGAGCAGAUAA